CUACCAUCAUCCAUCAUCGCUUUUGAGAAACUCGUCUACCACCGGUGUCUCCAAGAGGUUAGUCACGACAUUUUACAGCAAUAUGACUCAAUCAUUGCUUGAUAAAGUCGCCAUUGUGACCGGCAGCUCUCGAGGCCUCGGACAGGGAAUAGCUUUAGAGCUUGCGCAUCGAGGAGCCAACCUGGUCAUCACGUACAACUCCGGCAGCGAAGACGCAGACCGUGUGGCCAGCGAUAUCGAGAAACUAGGAAGACAGGCUAUCGUCGUUAAAGGCCGAGGCACUGACCGAAAUGCUCCGGCCGAGAUUGUCGCCGCUGCGGUGAAAAAGUUUGGCAAGAUCGACAUCAUCGUCAACAACGCGGGGGCCGGAGACGACGCUCUCUUGACGGAUCUGACCCACGAGCUGUGGGACAAGAUCUUGGACACAAACUUAAGGAUGCCGACCUUCCUCCUCAAGGAAGCGUUGCCUCACCUGGGCCAGGCUCCAAGGAUCGUCAACAUCUCAAGUGUGGCAGCGCGAGUUGGAUCCGCAUACAUGACCGCAUACGCAGCAUCUAAGGCGGCCCUGGAGGGUGCGACUCGAGUAUGGGCAAGUGAGCUUGGACAUAAGUACAACGCCACCGUGAACUGUGUCAAUCCGGGGCCCAUCGCCACGGACAUGUGGCUUCGCGAUACCGACCCCGAGGUUCUGGCUCUUUGGGACGAAAAGCAGAAGGAGACGCCUGCCGCACCUAGGAUCGCCCAGGUCGAUGAUAUUGCCCAAAUCGUGGCUUUUCUUUGUGAAGAGCAAAGUCGCUGGUCUACAGGAAGCGUUGUAAACGCUAAUGGAGGCAUGCUAUUCGUUUGAACAUACAGGUCAGGACGGCCGAUUUGAGGGACAUAACAGGACUACCCAAUAUGGUGCCUGUACAUUCAUAUAUGCUAUCUGCACGAUCCCUCGUGAUCAGCCUCUUUCUCUCAUUGCCUGUCUGCCCCGGGUGAUUCCAACAGAUGCACGAUGCAACGGAUCAAGUACUUUUGGGCAAGAUCGCAGCGUAAAGAGUCAUUUCCAAUACCGCUCCAUCAGCCAGUCCAGAUACUGCCACCCCGGUCCACGCGGGCCUGUUCGUUCCGAGAUACUUUGCUCUGACUGGCAUGAACAAGGCCAAGAAUGUGUCAUCAAACGAUGGACAGUAGGUCGUCAUGUUAUAGACAGACUUCC